AUGUCGGUCCCGACACCCCCGCAGUCUCCGCGGCAGCCGAUGGACUACUCGCAGCCAUCCCUUCAACAACGCUACGGUCCGACCGCGUCUGCAAAUCAAGUGCCGUCCACAGCCUCUCUACUCGGUGACGAUUUGCACGAACCGCGAUCGCUGUACAGACUCUCCGCGCAGUCGUCGGGAUCUCGAAUGUCCGGAAUGACUGCUGGCACACGCCUCUCUUCGAUGACAGCCGGCACUCGUCUGUCCGUGCCGUAUUCGGCCGCGAGCUAUGACAGCCGACCCAUGUCUGCUAUUUCUGGGGCAGGAUGGGGUUGGAAUGACCCAGAGGCAGACGACUAUCUGCACAACCCAGACCCAAAGCGCGAUCGCAAGGCCGGGUCGAUCUUCACUGUUCGUGGUGUCACCAAUAUCGGAUGCUUGUUCGUCUUGCUGCUCUGCCUCAUCACACUGUUUGCUGGGUACCCGAUCAUCACUGCAUUCACAGACAAGCAGCAGGCCAAGAAUGGGGCGUUCAACCUGGGAGGAGUGAAUGCGUCCGGCCAAGUUCCUCUCAUCGAGAAUUUCCCUAAAAUGAUCGACGACGACACUCCGGACGACGUCAAAAACGACGUCAGGAUCGGAUACGAUGGCCAUGAGUACACGCUCGUCUUCUCGGACGAGUUUGAAAAGCCCGGCAGAACGUUCUACCACGGUGACGACCCCUUUUGGGAGGCUGUCGACUUCCACUAUUGGCCCACCGGCGACCUUGAAUGGUAUGACCCCGAGAUGAUCACGACCGAGAACGGGCAUUUGAAGAUUACCCUGCUGCAGGAGCGAACGCAUGAUCUGAACUUCCGCUCGGGCAUGCUGCAGUCUUGGAACAAGCUGUGCUUCCAGUGGAGUUACUACAUGGAGGUAGCGGUUGUUCUGCCUGGGACUUCCAAGGUUGGAGGUUUCUGGCCCGGUGUGUGGACAAUGGGCAAUCUCGGCCGCCCGGGCUAUGGAGGAACGACGGAUGGUCUCUGGCCAUACACCUACGACAGCUGCGACGUCGGUACCCUGUGGGCCCAGGUGUGGCCUAACGGUACCGACCCUCAGGCCGCUACGUACACGGGUGGCGGUGAGAACGGCCAACUCUCCUCCUGCACUUGCAAAGGCGAAGAUCAUCCCGGCCCUUCUCACGACGUUGGCCGCGGUGCUCCUGAGGUUGAUCUCAUCGAGGCCCAAAUCUGGACGGAUUCCGGUACCGGUACGAUGUCGCAAUCGUUCCAGGUUGCCCCAUUUGAUGACUACUACCAAUUCAAGAACCACACCUCUGACCAGGAUGUCGCCUCAAACGAUGUCUACGUCGAGAACCUGCUUCGCAACAACGACGAGGCCAACUUCCGACCUGAUCGCCCUAGCGAAACGGCCUGGAACCCGUACCUUGGCGGUCCCUUGCAGCAAGCCGUUUCUGGCCUGACGUCUGUGCCUAGCGAUGUCUACUACGAGCAUGAUGAGCCACGCUUCAAUACCUACGGUGUGUACUUGGUUCGCUAUCCCUUCGCGUCUGCUAAUAAAACAGGUGUUGAAGUCUACGCCGACCCUAAUGACCGAGAGAACGGCGGCCACAUUACGUGGAUGGCCAAUGGCAAGAAGUCGUGGACCGUCAGGCCGUCGGCUGUUCGCGCAAACGACAAGACGCAGAUCGGCCAGCGCCUCAUCCCCGAAGAGCCUAUGACCAUGGCGGUGGACGUGGCUCACAUGCACUUCCCGAACUACAUGCUUGUCGAUUAUGUCCGUGUAUGGCAACGCAAGGAGGGGAAGAUCGGUUGCGAUCCGGCGGACCACCCCACGGCCAAAUACAUCGCAGACCACCCGGACAUUUACAACAAUGCCAACAUUACAACCUGGAAGCAAGCGGGCUACAAGCCGGUGGUGAGUGGUUGA